UGCUAUAUCAUUAUUUUAGAGGUUUAAAUGUCCAAAUGUCCACAUUUGUAAGGAUACAUAUUUGACGUUAACCUUUAAUGUAGAAACACCUGCAAACGAUGGACAGAAAACAGCGUCUGAACCGAGCUAAGGAUUUCUCCUUCGUCAACCCCUGGAUCAGAUAUUUUCUGUUCUUCUUCAGCUUUGUGUUUUGGGUUUUCUCCUUGUUGAUUGUUGCCGUCGGAGUUUAUGCUAAAAUCCAGAAAGCUACAGACGCAGUGCGGAACACGUUCCUGAUCGACCCGGCUGUCAUCCUAAUUGUGGUGGGGGUGAUCAUGUUCUUCAUCACUUUCUGCGGUUGCAUCGGAGCGCUCCGACAGAACAUUCGCCUCCUCAAGACAUUCUCCCUCAGCCUCACAUUGGUCUUCCUCACUCAGCUGGCCAUCGCAGUUCUGGGCUUCUUCUACUCUGAGCAGACGGUGAUCAACACAAUGUGCGGCUUCGGGGUUCAAACCAUGAGCCACCUGGAGGCGAACAAGUCCAUUUACGCCGCGGGCUGCGUGGACAAAGCGGCCACGUGGAUCGAGUCUCACCUCUUGCUGGUGGGGGCUCUCGCCUUGGGCAUAGCCUUGGCUCAGGUAACCCCACUCACCGCUUUGCUUAAUUCAGCCCACGCGCACACCUACAACAGUCCUCUCCCACUGGUAACCGCAGACAAUUCUGGUCCGAGAAAAUGUCUCUGGCGUCGUCGAAAUAACACUCAAUACACACAUCAAUACUGGGAGGCAACUGGAGACUCGCUGGAAUUGAGUUUGUAGGAAUCAACUUAUUGAGCCCUUCUCCCUCCACGGUGGAUUUGGACAGGGCUAAAAAAGUAGCCCGGGUAACACUUCAUCAAUCAGCGCCCCAGCAACUUUCUUUAACACACACACAAACACACACACACACACACACACACACACACACACACACACACACACUGCACAGGUGCAGAUCGCCUCACAUUGAAUUAAGCUGUAGUUGCACAGAAAGAAAAAAAGCUAUUCUUAUUCCAGAGGAAACCAACCGGGCGUGGGGUCAGUGUGAGGCCACUGGGAUGGAAAUGAUUUAAACUGGGGUUUUUACCUAGACAGCAAUAACUAUGCACGAUUAAUUUUUAACUGCACAUUAUUCUUUUAUCGCAUUGUCCCAGACAGGAAGCUCAGGUUGAUCUGCCGGCGAGGUAGAAGUCUGCAUGCGACAAUGUAAGCGGCGGGGGCCCGAGAAAGAAGUGUAGUGAUUCCGCCCUCCUACUCAGCAAGCUCCACGCACCUCUAAUGCACCACCAAGAACUGUUGAUGAGUCAGGUCAAAAUGUUAAGAUUGGCCGUGAAAUCAAACCAGCACUUAUCAAAAGCUGCCUCCUAAAUAAUUAGUACGCUUACUUAUCAAACGGAUUCAGCUACUGUCGCGGCGCAUCCUCCUACAGAACGCUGCUUUGCCACUGAAUCUUUUGCCUAAUGUUUCUUGCUUUCAUAUCUGUCUGAUUGGGUCCCCGGAGAUUCUGCUAAGAGCGAAGCAUGUGAAUUACCCAUGAGUCCUGUCAAAACAAUUGCACUAGUAUUGCAGUUUGGCUUCGAUGUGCGAGACAUUUGAUUGUGAAGUUCUAUUUCUGGUCUGAAACAUCUUGACUUAACUAUACCAAAUCAAACUGCCAUAAAUGAACGUGUCCAUUCAGUUAAUAUGACUUUACAGUGAGUACAUGUGACACAAUCCAUUCAAGUCUCAUUUUUUAAAAUGAUUCUGGUGCAAAAUGCGCACGCAGGACCUUGAGGCGCUUGCGUUCCGCGAUCUAAAGUGGCUGCUACUGUCCUCUAGAUUGCAGGCAUCGUGCUGUCCCACAUCCUGGUCUCUCAGAUCCAAGAUGAGAUUACCUCCGUGUUGUGAGCGCGGGCCGGCGCGGGGAAAGACGGGAAGAAAAGAACUCGCAGUGCUUGUGCAAGGGCAUCUUUUUUUUAUUGCCACUGUAUCACUGCGACAUCGAAUACAUUUUGGAUGUGAACGUGUCUGAAGUGUAGUGCACCUCAUUGUGUUAUUCAGUGUCAUCACAAGCUAAAUUCAAUGUGUAUCAUUAUUGGACAUUGACUUUAGGAUCGACUUUACUCCAAAGAAUGUAUAUUUAAAUGCCAGGUGGUAUCAUUUCUCCGCGUACAAAAGAAAAGAAAGAAAGAAAGUCUGCAACUACAAGAGCACUAAUGUCUACAUUUAAAAAGGAUUGCAGUGGAAAGUUUUGGAUGCAACGCAAAAGUAAAAGGAAGCAAGGAGACAAGGAGAUGUGGGUUGCAUAAUGGGAGCAUUAAGCUAGCGUUCUGGAAACACAGGGACUGAUGAAAACCUGAGUGGACGUGGACAGCGACUAGGCUGUGUAUCGUGGUGAAAUCCAGUGCUUCAAAAAGGUGAAUUACAUAUUUUCUUUUCUUUUUUUUUAUAAACGUGAAAAGGCGGAAAUCGAAGCCUUCAGAUUGGCAGGAAAGCCGUGUCGUGCAUUACCUCC